CAUCCCACAGCUCUGUGAUCUACAAGGACCUUGCCAACCCAACCAUCCCACAGCUCUGUGAUCUAUAAGGACCCUGCCAAUCCAGCCAUCCCACGGCUCUGUGAUCUAUAAGGACCUUGCCAACCCAACCAUUCCAAGGCUCUGUGAUCUACAAGGACCUUGCCAACCCAACCAUUCCGUGGCUCUGUGAUCUGUAAGGACCCUGCCAACCCAACCAUUCCAAGGCUCUGUGAUCUACAAGGACCUUGCCAGCCCAAUCAUCCCACAGCUCUGUGAUCUACAAGGACCUUGCCAACCCAACCAUCCCACAGCUCUGUGAUCUAUAAGGACCAUGCCAACCCAACUAUUCCAAGGCUCUGUGAUCUGUAAGGACCCUGCCAACCCAACCAUCCCAUGGCUCUGUGAUCUGUAAGGACCCUGCCAACCCAACCAUCCCACAGCUCUGUGAUCUACAAGGACCUUGCCAACCCAACCAUCCCACAGCUCUGUGAUCUAUAAGGACCCUGCCAAUCCAGCCAUCCCACGGCUCUGUGAUCUGUAAGGACCCUGCCAACCCAACCAUUCCAAGGCUCUGUGAUCUGUAAGGACCCUGCCAACCCAACCAUCCCAUGGCUCUGUGAUCUAUAAGGACCAUGCCAACCCAACCAUCCCAUGGCUCUGAUCUAUAAGGACCCUGCCAACCCAACCAUCCCACGGCUCUGUGAUCUAUAAGGACCCUGCCAACCCAACCAUCCCAUGGCUCUGUGAUCUAUAAGGACCCUUUCAACCCAAUCAUUCCAUGGCUCUGUGAUGAUUCUACAAUUCCUUUGCCCUUCAGGAGGAUGUCCUCUGUCCUGGAGGUACCAACUAGGCAUUGCCUUCAGCCCACAGCAUUGUGCCUGGCUCUUAUCUGAGCAGUGGAAAAACAGACUUCAGUGCCCUCUCGGCAGUGGAACAGAGGUCAGGGAUCCCAGGGUUUGCAGGGCAAGAAGGAAAGGCGGGCUUCAGCAUGGAGAGAAAGGCACCCGGCCCCCACCGCUCCUGUGGUGGUGGGGCUGAUGGUUGGGCUGGGUGAUCUCAGAGGUCUUUUCCAACCUUAAUGGUUCCGUGAUUCUAUGAGUGAGCUCAGUGGGGAUGCACUGGGGUUGGACUUGGUGACCUUGGAGGUCUGCUCCAACUCUCUUAGUUCUAUGAUCCUUGCUUCUGCCCCCGGUUCUGCCACCUCUCUCCUCUUUGAAGUCCCCCUGUGCAGGACAGGCGUUGUUCACCAGCGCGCGAGCAUUUCUCUCCAUCGCUGCACAGCGUUGAGCUGCAGCAGAUCUCACGGUGGCUGUGCAUGGCUCUCUUCCAUCCCGGCUCAGCUGAGUCCUGCAGCUGGCAGCGUGUUCACCCUCUGCCCACCCGGCUCUCAGCUUGUGCCGAGUGCUUGUUUUUGUGAGAGCAGGAUCAAAUGCUUCACUAGGAUCAAAAUAUUUUCCAUCUCAUGUGUUCCCUUCACCUGCUCAUUGUGUAACACGAUCGCGCAGAGAAAACAGGUUUAUCUGGCAGCUCAGAUCCUUCGUCCUGCUGCUGCUCCGCCGCUGUGGGCUUGGGCUGCUGCUCUGCUGUGAACUGCAGGUAGCAGCGGGUGGAUGUCACCCCAUUGGCUUCUGUCACCUGCUGCCAGGUGAAUCAGGGGAACAUGCCGGGCAUCCAAAGCACCUUCCUCGCCAUGGACACGGAGGAAGGCGUGGAGGUGGUGUGGAAUGAGCUGCUCUUCACUGACAAGAAGGCCUUCAAAGCACACGAGGAGAAGAUCAAGACCAUGUUCGAGCAGCUGGUGCUGGUGGACCACCCCAACAUCGUGAAGCUCCAUAAAUACUGGCUGGAUGUGAAGGACUCAAAGGCACGGGUCAUUUUCAUCACAGAGUACGUGUCUUCAGGGAGCCUGAAACAGUUCCUGAAGAAAACCAAGAAAAACCACAAGGCCAUGAAUGCCAGGGCCUGGAAGCGCUGGUGCACACAGAUCCUGUCUGCUCUCAGCUUCCUCCACUCCUGUGAGCCCCCCAUCAUCCACGGCAACCUCACCAGUGACACCAUCUUCAUCCAGCACAACGGGCUCAUCAAGAUCGGCUCCGUGUGGCACCGGGUGUUUGCCAGCGCCCUUCCGGAUGACCUGCGGAGCCCCAUCCGGAUCGAGAGGGAGGAGCUGCGCAAUUUGCAUUUCUUUCCCCCGGAGUACGGCCAGAAGGCCGACGGGACCGCCGUGGACAUCUUCUCCUUUGGGAUGUGCGCGCUGGAGAUGGCAGUGCUGGAGAUCCAGACCAACGGCGACACGCGGGUCUCGGAGGAGGCCAUCAUGCGGGCACGGCACUCUCUGGAUGACCCCAACAUGAGGGAGUUCAUUCUGUCGUGCCUGACCCUCAACCCUGACAAGCGGCCGACGGCCAACAGCCUCCUCUUCCACCGCGUGCUCUUCGAGGUCCAUUCCCUUAAGCUGCUGGCAGCACACUGCUUCAUCAACAACCAGUAUCUGAUGCCGGAGAACAUGGUGGAGGAGAAGAUAAAGGAGCUGGACCUGAACAUGGUGAUGGCAGAGAUCCGGCGUGAGGGUCGGCCCGGAGCACAGUGGAGGUACUCAGAGGUCUCGUUCCUUGAGCUCGACAAAUUCUUAGAAGAUGUCAGGAAUGGGAUUUACCCUCUGAUGAACUUCGCUGUUUCCAGACCCCACGCCCUCCCGCGGGCACUCUCUCAACCCCCGGAGGACCCUCAGAAAGCCAAAACCCCCACGCCAGAGCCCUUUGAUGUGGAGACCAGGAAGGUGGUGCAGAUGCAAUGCAACAUGGAGCUGAAUGAGGACAAGACUCAGUGGCAUGUGAGUGCACAGCCCCACCAGGAUGCAAUGAGCAGCAUCUGCUCUCUGCACCGUGGCACAGCUUGGUCUCAGUUCGCUGCAGGACCCAAAGGACCGGCUCUUCUAUUUGGAGCAAAAGAAGCCCAGAGAAGAGCAAAGCCCACAGAUCCCUCUGCUACAGCAGUCCAUGACGUCUUUGGACACCUCUUAGCUCUGCUUCUUUCCAGUUUAACACAUAGAGCAUCUCUAUGAGUCACCCCAAAGACACCCCACAUUGGCAUUGACCAGCACCCCCCUGCCUGCCCUGCCAGCAGCUUCCAGCAUUGAUACUGUCUCUUACAGAUGAAUGUAC